CAUUUUCCCGCAAAGUUGAAGUCAAUUCAAUAUUCCUUCAUGUGCAUCAUCGCUUUUCCUUAGACACCUUUGUCGAGGUUGACUCGUUCAUAAUCAUAAUUGUGUUCUGCGUUUCCUUGGUCAACCCUCAAGAUGCAUCUCCGACUCCUCGACACCGUCGAGAGGGACGAGCAUAGUUGCCCAUCAGGCAGCGGUACGCAGUGGUAUACAUGCAACACUUCGACAAUACUGUUCGCAGGCUGCUGUUCAGUCGACCCUUGCAAUUUACCUGCCUGUCCAGACGCUGGUGCGUCUCCGAACCAGCUCAGCUCAGCGUCACUGAAUUUACGAUCGUCGAGCACGUCGAGCACAUCGACCUCAACACCGGACUCAACACUGGACUCAGUGAGCGUCAUAGCAACGGUAACGGUUUCUGCCACUUCUUCCCUGACACCUGUUGGGCGCUCGUCUUCGAAGAGCCCAGCCGCACCAAUUAUUGCCGGAGUAGUCGGUGGAGUGGUCGCACUCUCAAUCCUGUCGGUAAUACUAUGGUUUUGCUGCAUGCGAAGAAGACAAAAAAAGAAUGUCGGGCAAUCCACCACAAAAUACGGAAUGCCAACGAGGGGAUACGUUCUAAGCCGGGCCCAAAGCCCAGAGGUCGAUGUUCCAAGGAGCAGCAAUGUAUUUGCUGAAUUUGGAGGACGUUACAAAACUCCCAGUCCCGCAUCAAACCGACGUGCAACUGCUCCCACUCCUCUCCCUCGAGCCACCACAACCAACUCCAUGAUCAUUUACUCCCCAAUCGACGCACCCAUCCUGGACAUCGAGAAAUCCGGCCUCACACCACCACCCGUGACCGAACACCCAGCCUUCCACACCGGCGGCAUCUCCUCCCGAGCCGACUCGCCACGACCACCCACCUACCACCCAGGCCAACAAAUGCACUCCCCACUCAUGACCUCCCACCCCGCAUACCACGUCUCACAACUCUUACAGCACCCCGCCUUCUCCCCACCCCCCUCCGCCACCUCCCCCCACCGAACACCACAAGUAAAGCGUCAGAAAUCGAGUCCUAGAGCUGGAGAAUGUGCAGGACCGAUGGACAACACGCCAAUCAUCCCUUCUCCUCCAUCCGGACGCUCGGAGUUGGAGGCUGAGGUGCCAACCUCGUACACCCAAAAUCCCUCUCAGCAAGAUAGAGAGAUCCGUGUAACGACGAGUUAUAACCCAACCGAUUAUGUACAGCAUGUUGCCCGAAGUGGAGGCGGAGGCGGAGGCGGAGUGAGGAACAAUACUCUGGCGCGUGCGUGCAGUAUUCCUGUUGGUUUAGGCGUCGUCAACUCCCCACUUUCGCCUUCACAGCAUCGGGGUUCUCAGCGUGGGAGUCUAGGUGUUAUUACUCCGCAGUCGGUCGUCAGCCCACAGAGUCCGUUUCACUUGGAGAUGCAGUAUUCGCACCUCUCGUAUCCGAGCCUUUCGAUCCCUGGUAAGCAAGCGGUUUCAAUGAGCGAGGUGGAUAUGAGAGAGGGGAAGGAGAAGGAGGCUGUGGUUGUUAGUCCAAUGAGUCCCGAGAGGUGGAGUGGUGCGACUUGUCUGAAUAGCAAUGGCGAGAAGGUGGAAAUGGAGUUGCGGGAGAUGAAGGGGAAGGGAAAGGGGCUGAUGAAAGGGGAACAUGUGACGUUUGAGCAGGUUAAUGCCGGAAAUACAUCGGUCAACGAGUCGCCAACUGGUCUUACGCCGACUGAUGACUUUAAGACGUGGGAGACGUGGGCGCAGCGAUAAGUGAGGAAGAGAAGAUGAUAAAUGAUACCCGGCGUUAACAAACAGGAUAUUGGCGAGGCGAAGGUGGAGGAAGAUGUAUGGAUACUGUAUAGUACAUAACAGCAACUUUCAGGGUUUCGCGGGCGUUCAGAAAGGGGCGUUCAAUGCUAGAGAGGG